AUGACUUCAGAUAAGCGCUUGACUGUUCCUCUAUUCUAUAAUGAUUUUUUACUUCUCCUGGAAGACAUUGCUUUACAUCCCGGUUUUGUCAUGCUGUGCGGAGACUUUAACUUUAAUGUGGACGAUGCUUCCAAUCAAAAUGCUGUGAUAUUUAAUGAUAUCAUUUCCUCGGCUAACUUCAGUCAAUUGGUGGCAGGUCCUACGCACGAGGCCGGACACACGUUGGAUCUUAUCUUGACACGAGCUCUGGAUAACUUUGUUGAUGAGGUUAAGACAUCAAAUCCUUUGCCCUCAGACCAUGCCGUAGUUGAAUGUUGGUUGAACUUGAGCAAACCAGAGCAACACAAGGUGAAGGUCAAAUUUCGCAAAUUUCGAGACAUGGACAUUGAUGCUUUUCGAUCUGAUAUUCGUUCGUCAACACUCUGCGUCACUCCAUCUUCUGAUCUCAAUGUUCUCAUCGAUCAGUAUGAAAAUGUUCUAGCAGAUCUUAUGGAUGUCCAUGCACCUGAGAUGAUACGAGAAGUUCGAGCCCGUCCCCAUGCACCGUGGUAUAAUAAUUCCCUCCGUUUAGCCAAACAGGAUCUGCGUAGAUGGGAACGCUUGUGGAAUUCAUCUAAACUUGAGGUAUAUCGACAAAUCUUCAGAAAGCAGCGUAUUCUUUAUAAGAACAUGCUUGAACAGGCAAAGAAAGAAUACUACAGACUUUCUUUUGAAGGCUGUAGUGCACGUCAACUGUUCCAGAAAGUUUGUAGAUUGUCCUCACCAUCUUCAAGCAAAACCCUUCCAUCAAACGAGGGUAUGAACAGGCGCCAACUUGCAGAUCAUUUCUCACAGUUCUUCUCUGACAAAAUUGAAAACAUCACGUCUUCUUUUGCGUCAGCACCUGUAAGUACACAUAAACCAGGCACUGAUGUGACGCCAGGAGAGCAUCCCUGUAUGAUAGAGUUUGACUGUGUUACUGUAGAAGCAGUGAAGAAAUUGAUUAUAGAUUCCCCAUCUACCUCCUGUGAGAUGGACCCUCUACCGACAUGGCUUGUCAAGAAAUGUGUGGACGAAUUGUCUCCAGUGAUUGCUCGAAUCAUCAACCUGUCAUUCAGAAAUGGUCACUUUCCAGAUUCGCUUAAACAGGCAAAUGUCAAUCCUCUUUUGAAAAAACCUGGACUAGAUCCUGAGGUGCUGAAAAACUACAGGCCGAUAGCUAAACUGAAGUUCAUUGAUGGUCGUUUCUCCGGUCUGGUAGUCCUUGCGGAUGAUAUUGCACUCAUCACCUCCUCAUCAACAGAGCUGCAGCAAAUGUUAGAGGUUGCCUUUAACUAUGCUCAACAAUGGCACUACAGAUUCAAUCCUUCCAAAUGUGCAGUAGUUGUAACAAACAAGACCAAAAAACCUACAAGAUCAUCCUGGGAAGUCGGUGGUUCCAUCAUAGAGGAGAAAGAUAACCACCCACAUCUUGGUGUCAUCAAAUCUGGAACAAGGUUUGAUCCUACAGAUAACAUCAUUGGAAUGUGA